UUACAACAUGGUGAAAAAGGUGGUCGAUUCUCGUGUACAUACUUUGAUCAAGAACUGUGUUCAAACUAAACAUCGGUCUUUCUUUGUUAUUGUUGGUGAUAAAGGAAGAGAUCAGAUCGUAAACUUACAUUGGCUUUUAUCUCAAGCUCAAGUUACAACUCGUCCUUCUGUUCUAUGGUGUUACAAAAAGGAUCUUGGAUUUACAACUCAUCGCAAGAAACGUGAAGCCAAGAUCAAACGAGAUAUCAAGAAAGGCAUUCGUGAAGCCAACAAUGAAGAUCCUUUCGAACUCUUUGUCACCGUCACCAAUAUUCGUUAUGCUUACUACAAAGAAACUCAGAAUAUUCUAGGUAAUACUUAUGGCAUGUGUAUUUUACAAGACUUUGAAGCUAUUACCCCAAAUACAUUGGCCCGUACAAUCGAAACUGUUGAAGGUGGUGGCAUGGUAGUCCUUUUAUUGAAAAGUAUGAAUUCUCUUAAACAACUUUAUACAAUGACUAUGGAUGUUCACAGUCGCUAUCGAACCGAAGCUCAUCAUGAUAUUGUGGGACGAUUCAAUGAACGAUUUAUUCUUUCUCUGGGUGCAAGUGAGAAUUGUUUAGUGGUGGAUGAUGAAUUGAAUGUACUUCCUAUCAGUAUGGGUAAACAUGUCAAGGCUCUUCCUAUGAAAACAGGGGAUGAUGCUCAAUCAGCGGAAGCUUUGGAAUUGGAAGAAUUGAAACAAUCACUUGCUGAUACUGAACCAGUUGGAUCUUUGGUCAAAGGAACUCGUACUGUUGAUCAAGCCAAGGCUGUAUUGACCUUUAUUGAAGCCAUCUCUGAAAAAUCUCUGCGUAGUACUGUCACUUUAACUGCUGGUCGUGGUCGUGGUAAAUCUGCUGCUCUUGGUAUUGCUAUGGCUUCUGCUAUUGCUUAUGGAUAUUCCAACAUCUUUGUCACUUCCCCUAGUCCUGAAAAUCUCAAGACUUUGUUUGAAUUUGUUUUCAAGGCUUUUGAUGCUCUUGGUUAUGAAGAACAUUUGGAUUAUGAUAUUGUACAAUCUACCAACCCUGAUUUUAACAAAGCUAUCGUUCGUGUCAACAUUUUUAGACAACAUCGACAAACUAUCCAAUAUAUUCAACCUCAAGAUGCACAUGUUCUUGGUCAAGCUGAAUUAGUUGUCAUUGAUGAAGCUGCUGCUAUUCCUUUACCUAUUGUACGAAAAUUGAUGGGUCCAUACUUGGUGUUUAUGGCAUCGACUAUUAAUGGUUAUGAAGGUACUGGUCGAUCAUUAUCACUCAAACUUAUUCAACAACUUCGAGAACAAUCAAGAGGUUUUAUUGGACAAAAGAAAAACGAAGAAGCAAGUGAUGCUCAAUCUGCUGGUGGUCGUACUUUGAAGGAAAUCAAAUUGGAAGAACCUAUUCGUUAUGCACCUAAUGAUCCUUUAGAAAAGUGGUUGAACAAGUUACUCUGUUUAGAUGCUACUGUGGUUUCAAAGAAUAUUCAAGGCUGUCCUCAUCCUUCAGAAUGUGAACUCUUUUAUGUGAAUCGUGAUACCUUAUUCUCUUAUCAUCCUGUUAGUGAAACCUUCCUUCAACGCAUGAUGGCUCUCUAUGUUGCUAGUCACUACAAGAACUCUCCUAAUGAUUUACAACUAAUGAGUGAUGCACCUGCUCAUCAUUUGUUUGUUUUACUUCCACCUAUCAAUGAAAACAACACCAGUUUACCAGAUCCUCUUGUCGUUAUCCAAGUAUGUCUUGAAGGUGAUAUCUCCCGCCAAUCUGUGAUGAAUCAACUCUCCCGUGGUCAACGUCCUGCUGGUGAUAUGAUUCCUUGGCUUAUUUCUCAACAAUUCCAAGAUGAUGAUUUUGCUAGCUUAUCAGGUGCUCGUGUGGUCCGCAUUGCAACUCAUCCUGAUUACUCAAAUAUGGGUUAUGGAUCUCGUGCUUUAGAAUUACUAUCAUCUUUCUAUCAAGGUGAAAUGUCCAAUAUGAGUGAAAGUGCUACGGCUGCUGAAGAGACCCUGGCACGUGUGGAUGAUGCUGAAUUAGAAAACACUACAUUGGCUACUGACAAGAUCAAGGUGCGUGAUCCUCGCAAGAUGCCUCCUCUUCUUUCCAAGCUUUCUGAUAAACCAUCUCCUCGUCUGGACUAUUUAGGUGUUAGUUUUGGUUUGACUUCGUCUUUGCACAAGUUCUGGAAACGAGCUGGUUUCGUGCCUUUGUAUAUGCGACAAACUGCCAAUGAUUUGACUGGUGAACACACAUGUGUAAUGAUCAAGACACUUGUUGAACAGGAUACUGAUGAAGAUCAACAUGUAGCCAAUGCUGCCUGGUUAGAUGCUUUCGCUCGUGAUUUCUCUAGACGGUUCCUCAACUUACUAGCUUAUCAAUUCCGUGAAUUUACCUCUGUCCAUGCUCUCUCAAUUUUGGAAAGUGCCAAGAAAGGUCAUGACGCUGAUAAUGAUGUUGAAACGAUGAACAAACAACAACUCGAUCUAUUCUUCAGUCCUUAUGAUUUGAAACGACUGGAAAGCUAUGCCAAUAAUAUGCUGGAUUAUCAUGUGAUUAUUGAUUUGGUACCUGCAAUUGCUGAACUAUAUUUCCGUGGUGUAUUACCCAAAGAUACAACUUUAUCUGGUGUACAAAGUGCUAUUUUAUUGGGAAUUGGAUUACAAAAGAAAACCGUAGAUGAUUUGGAAAAGGAAUUGACUCUAGCCAGUAAUCAAGUCAUGGCAUUAUUUGUCAAGAUUAUUCGCAAGUUUAGUCAAACAUUCACUCAAAUUCAAAGUCAAGCCAUUGUGGAAGAUGAACAGCAACAACAGACUAAAAAGACGACCAAUAAAAAUGAUAACAAACGUGCUUUGGAUGAUGAUUCAGCUUGGCGUCCUUUGAAGGGAGAUGUGGAUACAGAUUUAAAAGAAGCAGGAGAUGAAGUCAUGGAUGAACUCAAGAACAAGCAACGUGAAUUGAUCGAUACACUUGAUUUGACAAAAUAUGCUAUUGCUGAUGAAGAUGCCGAUUGGUCUGCUGCUGAAGCUCAAGUGAAAGCCUUUGCUACUGGAAAGAAACCUAUUAGUUCUGUAGUCAGUGUCAAGAACGACAAAUCCUCCAAGAAACGCCAAUUAACUGAAUCAGCAAAGGAAAUGGCCCAAAAGGAAGCAAGUCGUACUCCCAAAAAUAUGAAGAUGUCCAAGAAAACAAGACGUUCUUAAUUUAUUCUUCCCCUUGUAGUUUAUAUUAUUCAUUCUUUUAUACUAUAUUGUAUUAUCAUGUUGUUAUUAUUUCCCAUUUCAUCCUCAUAUAUUCAUUAUCUAGUCUCAUCACUAUUAUUUUAUUUGAAAUAAAAAAUCAAUAAUUCUUUUUC